UGACUCAUCGUGUAAUAAUCCCAUUUUGAAAUCAGAAUGGGAAGUAGCAUGGAAACACAACAAUCCAGAGAGUUUGGAGUCUUUUUCUUGGCAGGCGCUUGCUUGUGCCAGACAAGUGCGAGGCAGCUGACAGGAAGGAACAAACAACCACACUGUGCUUCACCAUUUUUUUUUUCUUCUUUUUUCAAUUCCUCUUCAGACGCCUGAUUCUGAACACCUUUGAUGAGCCGGGCUUUGUGGAAACAGAGUAUGUGCUGGUGGGGAAAAAAGGGGGAACUGGAGAUUAGCAGUCGCCCCUCCUCCUCUUCUCAUUUGCCCAAUAUCCUCUUUUAGGCCCUUUUUGUAUGUGUUUGUGCCUGCUUGGAGUGUGGCAAACACACAGUGGGGAGAUGGUGCCGGCCGUGUUGUGGCGGAUCUGACAGAAAGGAGGUGAAAACUUUGUCCAUGAUGGGAUGCUGCAGUGUGACUCAGAGGCACACCGGCGUGGACGAGGUGGGUCCUGAUGAGAUUGAGCUCCUGGAACUCUCUGGAGACCAUCUAGGGGUGUGGAGUUUGGGAGAGACCAGACUUCAGCUGUCAGUGAGGAGCAGCAAAGACGACAAGCAGCCGCCAUCACGUUAUACUUCCGCGCCACAACUGGAGCGACAUCCCACUCAUGGGGUGCUGUGGGGUAAGAGCAGAGGGGAGCUCCACCAGAGGAUCUACUCCCAGCAGCCAAUCAGAGGCUGGGAGGGUCGACCUGCUCACAUGUAUGGAGAGAUCGUUCACUCAUCCUUCAUGGCUCUACACAGCAAAUAUCCUCAGGAGAACCGGGAACAUUUCCUGGUUUUAUUUUCUUUCCACCUGCUGCUCCUCUCCCUGGAUCACACACACCAAGACUUCACUUAUGAGGGCAUGCUUCCACUUUCCGGUCUUUCCUUUCAGGUCAUCUCCAUGGAGAGUGACAGUUCACAGUCACCUCCCAUGUUUGAGAUUAGUAGUUCAAUGAUGGACCCGAAGAUCUUCAUUUGCCCCAAUGCUGCAGAGUUGCAGACAUGGAUGAAACACAUAGAAGACAGGAGAUACAAGUCUAUAACUCAACCAACAAGCCCUUCGCAUUGUGCUCUCUCCUAUCUUCUACCUUGUGAUGAGCACUGGAAAAAAGAGGAGUUGAAGAAAUACUUGCUGCAUGCUCCUAUAUGGGAAUGGGAGGGUUUGCCUAUACAGCACAUGGGCCCACCGGAAUAUAUCUCAGUGGUCCAUAUCAUCAACACACACAGACAGGGUCUCCAAGAAAGACUCAUGAUCCUCUUCCCUCAAGACAUCCUGCUGCUGUCAGUGGAUAACAAGCAACUCAAUAUCACCUACCAGGGAAGGCUUCCCCGUCGAGGUGUCAAAGCGACAGAGCGAUCAUCUCUGCCCGGCCGAUUUGAGUUUGAGCUGAGAGGAGAGCUGGUGGAGCCUCUGCAGCUCUCGUGUACCUGCCUGGACGAUUAUCAGAAAUGGAUCUUUCAUUUAAAGCAGCCAGAGAGAAGCGUCCACACAGCUGUGAGUCGCACAGCACCGUCAAUCAUGCCAAAGCUGCACAGGGGCCGCAAGGAGGCCAUCGCGACUGACCAAUCUCGUAUCAAUGGACACAGCUGAAUGCAGAAGAGUUUGACUGUGUCACUUUGUGACUGUGACCGUGUGACUGUGACUGACUGUGUCGAGAUCAAAUAAAACGCCUAUGUACUGCAUUAUGUACAGAAUCAGAAUCAAAAAGGGACAAUGGAGGAAUGAUGGUUUGUUCAUCUCAUUUAGUUUGUUUCUGUUACACAAUAAGGAUUUUAAAAUAUAUUCAUUUUUGUCAUGCUUUACAACUGCUUUUGGUCGGGAUUCCAUUAAUAUAGUUCCAUCCAGCCAAAUACAGUAUUUGUGAUCACAUUACUAAUGUUAAAAUGAGAUGACUACGUUUA